CAGGCACGGCUAUGGCCACCUCCUGACAUUCAUGAUUAAUUUAAAGCAGGGAACUGCAAGCAUACGCCAGACCUGCUAAGUCACCAUGGCUACAGUAAAAGGAGGCGGUGAUGAGGCGUCUCAUGGGACGUGAUGCCUGAUGUGAUGCCUCGCCUCCGUUAAAACACAGCGCAGUUGCAGGGACACAGUGCUCGUCUCAAUGGCUAAUGUUAGGCAUUUCAUCUUGAUUCUUCUCUACUGUGACAGAAUAAGCACAGAGACAACCUCCUCUCCGGAAUUAAAAAAUGUCACAACUCGAAAAGCUUUCUCCAGAGGUCAACGUCCGGCCAUUAUUGAAAAACUUGCAAUCCUGACACCUCAAUAUAUAGAACUAAUAUGUAACCUAACUGAAAUACCAAAUAACCCCUCCUACGUAACUGGUUACUGGACAAAAGAUGGACAAGAAAUUGAAAACUCAGAAGAAACCGUGAAUAGAGACAAUGAACAUUAUAUCUUCAAAAAGACUUUCAGAAUACAGGCCACAGAUCUUGGAAAUUAUUCCUGCAUCUUUAGAGAAACUGAUGCACAAGUCACAUUUGUUUUAGAUGUUCCUGUAAUGAAAGAUAAACGAGACAAGCCGGUAGUGAGCUACAUUGGAGAUUCGGUUGUACUUGUGUGUAAACAUAAAUAUACACCAGACACCUGGAGCUGGUACAAAACAAAUUAUACUGAAAAGAUUUUAAUUAAUGGUACCGCCAACCCUUUGAACUACAAGAUCUUUAUUAAGAAAAAUGAAACAAAACUGACUGUACUGAAUUUGACUGAGGAAGAUUCUGGAAAGUACAUAUGCAGUGCUGAAUUUGACAUCAAACCCACCGAGUCUUAUGUAGAGCUGAAGGUCUUGUCUUACAUUGAGCCUCUCAAACCCUUCCUGGUCAUCCUGUUUGAGGUCAUUGUCCUGGUCGCUCUGAUUUUGCUUUGGGAAAAAUGCAAUAAACCUCAGCACCAUGACUGUGUAGCUACAGAGAAUGAUGUCCAUACUGAACAAACCAAUAAACUCACUGGUGACAGUAAUGGGAUGGAGACCACAGCAAGACAAAGAAAACUGGAACACUGAGAUUUUCAUUGAAAUAGAUCAGGGUUCCUCACAUCCAACCCUGGAGAGCCGGUGCCCUGCAGAGUUUAGCAUCAACCCUGAUCAAACACACCUGCCUGUGAUUUUCUAGCGAUCAUGAAGCCAAUGAUUAGCUUG